AUGGGAAACCUUAGAGGAGUCCAGGAUAAUUUAAAGGUUUGGAAGCGUGAAGUUUUUGGUGAUCUAAAUGAGGUGAAAGCGGAGUUAGUUCAAGAAAUUGAGAAAUUGGAUGCGAAGGAAUUUGGGGAGGGUUUAUCUAGGGCUUUAAGGGAUAAGAGAUCAUUGCUCAGGAUGAAGGUUGUGUUGGGAAAGAGGAAGAAGAAUUUUAUUAAAAAUUUGGAGGUAAGACAGGGUGUGGUGGUGAGUAAGGAGGAGUUUGUUGUUAAGGAGAUUUUCAAUUUUUAUUCAAAUCUCUAUUCUGAUGGGGGAGUGGAUCGUCCAGGGAUCGAAGGCAUUAAUUGGGCUCCUGUGGAGUCAAUGACAGCCAAUUGGCUUGAAAGACCCUUUGAUGAAUAUUGUUGGGACAUUGUGAAAGGGGAUCACAUGAGAGUGUUUGGUGAGUUCUUUGAAAGUGGGGAGGUCAACUUAUGCGCCAAGGCAUCCUUCAUUUGUCUAAUUCCCAAGAAGGAGAAAUCAGUCCAGAUUGGGGAUUUUAGACCCAUUAGCUUGGUUACACCACUCUACAAAAUUCUAGCAACGGUGCUUUCUAAAAGAAUUAGGGUGUUCCUUGGGGAAACCAUGUCUUCUGCACAAGGUGCGUUUGUACAGGGACGACAGAUAUUAAAUGUAGUCUUAGUAGCAAAUGAGGUUGUUGAGGAGUAUAGAGGGUUACAUAAAGAGGAUGCUGUCUUUAAGGUGACUUUGAGAAAGCGUAUGACCAUGUUGAUUGAGGCUUUGUGGAUUUGUUUUGGAAAGGAAAGGGUUUGGAUCUAUGUGGAGAAUGUGGAUUUGGGGGUGCUUGUCAUCUUGCAAUAUGUCGGUCAUUUUGCUGAUGUGUUGAGUUGGAUAAUUGAUAUACCUAAGGAUAAGGGUGUUAUUGAGGGAUUUAUGGUGGGGAGGGAUAGGAUCGGAGUCACUCAUCUACAGUUUGCGGAUGAUACUAUAUUUUUUUCAUCAAAUGAGGAAAGUAAGAUGGGUAGUUUGCUAAAGAUUUUGAGAAUUUUUGAAAUUGUGUCGGGCCUCAAGGUCAAUCUUAGCAAGAGUAGUGUUGUGGGUAUUAAUUUGGGAGAGAGCUAUGUGCGAAGGGUGGCGGAUAUGUUGGGAUGUUCCAUUGAAUUAUUUCCUCUCAAAUACUUGGCCAUUGGGGGAGAUCCUAGAGUGGCGUCCUUUUGGGAGCCUGUUCUUGUCAAAAUUGAGAAAAGAUUGGAGGAAUGA